CGAAAAGGUGUGGCUGCAAUUUGCUCGUCAAUUCAUUUCAUGGUACACCGCCACUCAGUUAACCAAUCCGUUUCUCCUUUGCCAGGCUCCCACUUCGUCUCUCUCUUUCACUCUCUCACUGCCUUUGGUUGCGAAUUGGUGACAGGACCAAAAUACGAAUUUGUGGGAAAAGAAAUUCACCCUUAGGUGGAAACUGAUCGAAUGCUAGAAAGAAGAUAAGAGCAGCUGAUUCCUGGGUGCGUCUCUUUCUUCAGCACUCGCAGGGACGAAGAUAACAGAUAUGGUAUGUAGUUGAGACAGACGUUGUGGGUGAAAAAUCUGUUGUAGAGAUGUCAGGUGGUGGGUGUAGCAUUGUGUGGUUCAGAAGAGAUCUGAGGUUAGAGGAUAAUCCAGCUCUGACGGCGGGAAUGAGAGCCGGCGCUGUGGUCGCACUUUUUAUAUGGGCACCUGAGGAAGAAGGUCAAUACCAGCCCGGAAGGGUGUCCAGAUGGUGGCUUAAACAAAGUUUGGCUCACCUUGAUUCGUCUCUGAGAAGUCUUGGCACUCCUCUUAUCACUAAGCGAUCGUCUGAUAGUGUUUCUUCUCUCCUGGAGGUUGUCAAGGCUACUGGAGCAACGCAACUCUUCUUUAAUCAUUUAUACGAUCCCCUGUCACUUAUUAGGGAUCACCGGGCCAAGGAGGUUCUAACUGCUCAAGGCAUAGCCGUACGUUCAUUCAAUGCAGAUUUACUGUAUGAACCAUGGGAAGUCAAUGAUGCCCAUGGCCAGGCAUUCACCACUUUUUCCGCUUUUUGGGAAAGAUGCCUCAGCAUGCCUUAUGACCCCGAGGCACCUCUUCUUCCGCCUAAAAGAAUUAUUGCAGGUGAUGUAUCAAACUGCCGUUCUGAUAAUUUGGUGUUUGAAGAUGAAUCAGAGAAGGCAAGCAAUGCACUUCUUGCUCGAGCAUGGUCACCUGGAUGGAGCAAUGCCGACAAGGCCUUGACUACAUUCAUAAAUGGCCCAUUGAUUGAAUAUUCAAAAAAUCGCAGGAAAGCUGACAGUGCCACGACCUCAUUUCUUUCUCCCCAUUUGCAUUUUGGAGAGUUGAGUGUCAAGAAGGUCUUCCAUCUUUUCCGAAUUAAGCAAGUUUUAUGGGCCAAUGAAGGUAACAAGGCUGGUGAAGAAAGUGUCAACCUGUUUCUCAAGUCUAUUGGUCUUAGAGAGUAUUCAAGGUACAUCAGUUUCAACCAUCCCAAUAGUCACGAAAGGCCUCUUUUGGGCCACCUUAAGUACUUUCCUUGGGUGGUAAAUGAAGGCUAUUUUAAGGCAUGGAGGCAAGGAAGAACUGGGUACCCCUUGGUGGAUGCUGGGAUGAGGGAGUUGUGGGCCACUGGUUGGCUGCAUGAUCGGAUACGUGUUGUUGUUUCCAGUUUCUUUGUGAAGGUUCUGCAGCUUCCCUGGAGAUGGGGAAUGAAAUAUUUUUGGGAUACUCUCUUGGAUGCAGAUCUUGAGAGUGAUGCUCUUGGUUGGCAGUACAUAUCAGGUACUCUCCCUGAUGGCCGUGAAUUUGACCGAAUAGAUAACCCCCAGUUUGAGGGAUACAAGUUUGAUCCAAAUGGAGAAUAUGUACGACGAUGGCUUCCAGAACUCUCAAGACUACCAACUGAAUGGAUACAUCACCCAUGGAAUGCGCCAGAGUCUGUACUUCAAGCUGCUGGAAUUGAAUUGGGGUAUAAUUAUCCUCUUCCUAUUGUGGGAAUAGAUGCAGCAAAAGCCCGACUGGAAGAAGCACUAUUACAAAUGUGGCAACAAGAAGCAGCUUCAAGAGCAGCAAUUGAAAAUGGAACUGAGGAAGGGCUUGGAGACUCCUCUGAAUCAGCCCCUAUUGCCUUUCCUCGGGACAUACAAAUGGAGGAAAGUCAUGAUCCUGUUAGGCAUAACCCCCAUUCUGUUGCCCGGUCAUACGAGGAUCAGAUGGUCCCAAGCAUCACUUCCCUAGUGAGGGUGGAAGAUGAAGAAGCUUCUUCGGAUCUUCAAAACUCCACAGAAGAUAGCAGGGCUGAAGUGCCAAUGAACGUGAAUAUGCAACAGAAUGCAAGAGAAAGGUUGAACCAAGGGCCUUUGCAGGUUGUUUACAGGAAUACUCAAAUGCAGAAUGGUGCAACGGGACUGGGAAAUGCAGUUGAAGAUUCUACUGCAGAAUCUUCAAGUAGUAGUACUAGGAGAGAUGGGGGUGUGGUUCCCGUAUGGUCUCCUCCAGCAUCUAGUUACUCAGAUCAAUUUGUAGGAGAUGAGAAUGGUAUAGGGGCUAGCUCAUCUUACUUGCAGCCGCGUCCUCAGUCUCACCAACUCAUGAACUGGAGGGGGCUACCCCAGACCGGGUAAUCCACCCCUAAAUAGGCAGAGUAAAUGCAGAGAGGUUGAAUGUGCAGACUCAGCUCAUAUUGUGGGAAAUUGGAACGGUGAACAUUUAUUGGACCUGCAUCAGUGUUCUUGUCCUUCCCAUUUUACCGGAAUUGACAUGAUUAACGGCUGACUUCCAAUGUAUAUGAAAUUUCAUUCACGCAGGCAGUUCAUCUGCAUCCCCUUUUGCUUCCUUGUACAAUAUGUGUAGGCCUAUUGUAUAGUUUAUAGUGUCUAGGGGAGGAGGGGAGGAGACAUUAUAAGAUCCUUACCCCUCUAAUAAACUCAGGUUUGCGAUCAUCAUUUUAUUAUCAAGGCAGAUAUAUUUAUUUUUAA